AAAAAAAAAAAAAAAAAAAAGGUGAUAUGCUGACAUCAUAUGAAAGUUUUGUGGUAGUGGCGUUCAAGUUAGUUGUUACACGAUGACCUGGCAUAACUACCUAAUUUUUAAAUAUUUUCCCGAAAAUUGUGCAUCAUCAUCUUCCUCAUGACAUUAAAAUUAUGAAAAAAAAUUAAAAACAUGCUAAAUUUUCCUUCUACUAUUUCCUCCUGUAAUUUCCCUGAAAUUUUAAAGUUCCUGUUACUUAUUUUUGUAAUUUACUCUUCAAAAAGAUUAAAACUUUGAAUACAGGAUUUAUUCAAAGUUUAAAAUUUGUGCAGAAAAUUGAAAUAUUUCUUGGUUUUUAUGAGGAAAAGAACUAAUUAAAAUGGGGGUGGAUUAUUACAAUGUGUUACAGGUUGAUAAAAAUGCAACAGAUGAUGAUUUAAAAAAGGCAUACCGAAAAUUGGCAAUGAAAUGGCAUCCUGAUAAAAAUCCCAUUAAUAAGAAAGAAGCUGAGGCCAAAUUCAAGCAAAUUUCUGAAGCUUAUGAGGUUCUGAGUGAUGAACAAAAGCGACAAUUCUAUGACCAACACGGCGAAGAAGGGCUAAAGGACAUGCCACCCCCGGGCUCUGGGGGUGGAUCUCCCUACGGAAGCAGCAAAACUGGGUUCAAUCCUAGAAGUGCAGAGGAUAUUUUUGCUGAAUUUUUCGGUACAAGUCCUUUCGAGUUUGGAUCAUCACCAAGUACUGGUGGAAGAGCCAGAAAAAGAUAUUCAUAUGGUGAAGGUGGAGCAUUUAGUGGGACUGAGAAUAUGCAUCGAACAUAUAGUGAAGGCGGUACAACAACUGUGUUGCCUAAGAAACCGCCUCCUAUUGAAAAUAAGCUGCCCUGCACCCUAGAAGAGUUGUAUACCGGAUCAACCCGAAAGAUGAAGAUCUCUAGGACAGUAAUCGACGCUAAUGGAGGUCAAGUACCCGAAACAGAAAUACUGACAAUCGAAGUAAAGCCUGGUUGGAAAAAGGGGACAAAGAUCACAUUUCCUGAUAAGGGAAAUGAAAAGCCAAACCAGCUUCCAGCAGAUCUAGUUUUUGUCAUCGAUGAGAAACCACACGACGUGUACAUUAGAGACAACAACGAUUUGAUCAUGACUCAGAAGGUGACUUUGGCAGAGGCCAUUGGAGGGACUAUGGUGAAGAUUACUACAUUAGAUGGUCGUAACCUCUCCAUACCAGUUAAAGACAUGAUCACGCCGGACUAUGAGCUCGUAAUUUCUAAGGAAGGGAUGCCUAUACCGAAAGAUCCUAAAAAUGUAGGUGAUAUGAGAAUCAAGUUUGAGAUCAAGUUCCCUACUAAAUUGACUUCAGAACAGAAAAAGGCCUUAAAACGCGCUUUUAACAACUAAUGAUCAAUCUUGUUGUAUAAUUUUGUAACAUCUUUAUAAAUCACACCUUUUCUGUAAUCUGAAAGUUCUACUACUCAUACUGUCUAUUUUUUACCCAUCUCUUCAUGGCUAUCGAUUUUUCAAGGAAACCAAGGGAGAAAUUUUGUAGAAUCUACA